UGGCUUCCGUCUUCGGCGAGGGAGCAGAUUCACCUGGAGGAAGGAGUGUCUGGCUGUCAUGGAGAGCUACUUCAGUGAUAACCAGUACCCUGACGAAGCGAAGAGGGAGGACAUCGCCACUGCCUGCAACGCCGUCAUUCAUAAACCAGGAAAGAAGCUGACUGAUCUGGAGAGGGUCACAUCUCUGAAGGUCUACAACUGGUUUGCCAACAGACGCAAAGACAUCAAGAGGCGCGCCAACAUUGGUAAUGUCUACUUGUGUUUGUGUGGUGACUGUAGUUAUAAUCAGUGUGACUUUAGAACUCAGCAUGACGAAGGUACUUGGAAACGUAAUGCAUGUUAUCUUUCAUGCUGGGCUGAGGUUUCAGAUAGUCUCUAAAUAAAUCAAUAAACGCACAACUCACAUCUUUGUUAACCAACCUGUUGACUGUUGACCUACACCUGCUUGAAACAACACAACACGAUACAGCUGUAGAAUCUCACACACAUCUGGGUAUCAGUGACAAA